AUGGCGAGCGGAGGAACGGAGGAGCUUGAACACCCCGCGUCAUUUAAAUCCCCUGUUUGGGAGCAUUUUGGCUUCCCUGUCAAAGUUAAUGAUGAAGGAAAGAGGUUAGUGGAUAAAACCGUGACGGUGUGUAGGCACUGUGGCAUAAGAAAGCCAUACAACAGUGGAAACACAUCUAGCAUGGCCACGCAUUUGCAGCGACAUCACCCCGGUGUUUCACUGACAGGAGUGAAACCGAAAGCGGCUCAACAACCGCUUAUCACCGCAGCAUUUAAACAGCCCCUUCCUGCACAAACCGACCGGGCUAAAGCUAUCACAAACGCUAUUGGUGUGUUUAUAGGUGCAGACAUGAGGCCAUAUUCGGUUGUGCAAAACGAGGGUUUUAAAUACAUGUUGAACGUGCUCGAGCCACGUUACGACAUUCCGUCGCGAACCCACUUCAGCGAAAAGAUUGUGCCAGAUCUUUAUGAGCAGGAGAAGAAAAAAGUUGUGGAUGAACUAUCUGUAGCACCCUCUGUUGCACUCACAACAGACGGGUGGACGUCAAGGGGAACGGUGAGCUAUGUGACAAUAACCGCUCACUUCAUCACAGCAGACUGGGAGAUGAAAAGUCCGGUGCUGCAGACACGCCCCCUCUACGAAAGUCUAUAUGGACCAGAUGAGGGCUGGGCGACUGCCUACCCAGAAUGCAGAGAGAGAAACCAGUCGCCAAUCAAUAUUGUGGACCAUGAUACUAAAGUAUCCACAGAGUAUCAGGAACUGACACUGGAGGGCUUUGAGUCUGAAUCCUCUAAUAAGACAACAAUGAAGAAUACUGGAAAAACAGUGGCAAUUAUGCUGAAGGAUGAAUACUUUGUUCGGGGAGCAGGCCUACCAGGGAGAUUUAAGGCAGAAAAAGUGGAGUUUCAUUGGGGUCCCAGCAACGGAUCUGAUGGCUCUGAACACAGCAUCAACAGCCGACGGUAUCCUGUGGAGAUGCAGAUCUACAUGUACAACUCAGAUGACUUCGACAGCCUCAGUGCAUCGCUCAGGGAAAAGAGAAUCAUCGCAGCCAUGGCUGUGUUUUUUCAGGUUGGAGGGAAGGACAAUCCUGCUGUCGACCCCAUAAUCCAUGGCCUGAAGGGCGUGGUCCAUCAUGAGAAAGAGACGUUCCUGGAGCCGUUUGUGCUGAAGGACCUGCUGCCGUCCGCACUGGGAAGUUACUAUCGCUACACCGGCUCGUUGACCACUCCGCCCUGCAGUAAGGUGGUGGAGUGGAUCAUUUUCAGCAGACCUAUCUACGUCUCAUACAAACAGUUGGAAGCUUUCUACUCGAUCUUCACCACGGAGCAGCAGGACCACGUUAAGUCAGUGGAGUAUCUGCGCAGUAACUUCAGGCCCAUCCAUAGCUUGGAUAAUCGCCACGUCUUUAAGUCAGCAGUCAAAGAUGCCUGGCUACCUGACCUGACUGACAGCGCCAGUGGACCAUACGGUACAGAGGCUUCCAAAGUGUGCAGCAGCGCUCCCAUCAACAUGAAGGUGCAGCAUGUGAACAGCAGCGCUCUUGUGGUCCGCUGGUCGCGCCCAGAGAUCACCUACCAUCCGCCCAUCCUCCAUUUCCUGGUGUCCUACAGCUGGACAACCCACGACGACAGCUACGAGGAGACGCACCUCACAGACCCUAAGCACAAACUGGAGGCUGUUAUUUCUCCUGUCUCCCCCGAUGUACUGUACCUGUUUCGAGUCCAGGCCGUCUGCAUGAAUGACAUGCGCAGUGACUUCAGCCAGAGCAUGCUUUUCAGAGCAAACACCACCAGGAUCUUUGAGGGAACAAGGAUUGUGAAAACCGGGAUGCCAACGGUCUCUCCAGCCUCCUCAGCCGACAUGGCACCCAUUUCCUCUGGCUCAUCCACCUGGACUUCCUCAGGCAUCCCCUUCUCUUUUGUCUCCAUGGCGACAGGCAUCGGUCCCUCAUCCAGCGGUAGUCAGGCAACAGUGGCGUCCGUGGUGACCAGCACUUUACUGGCCGGGCUGGGUUUCAGUGGCGGUGUCAUCUCUUCCUUCCCCAGCUCUGUUUGGCCAAGCAGAGCACUGAGGCAUAAUCCCACCUCCAAUCGCCAAACCGCCGAACCAACUGAGCCUGCCAAGGAAACCGCCACAUCUGCUUCUACUGUCACAUCGUCUGCGGCCAACGAUAACGGUGAGGCUAGUGGUGAGAACAGGGAGAACAGCAAGAGUCAGGAAGAGGAUGGAGAGAGGGAAGGAGGGGACAAGGAUAAAGAGGAUGUGGAAGAAGAGAAAGGCGAUAAGAAGAAGAAGAAGAAGAAGAAGAAGAAGAAGAAGGAAUCAAUACUAGAAGGCAAAGCAGGGAGGAAGGCCAGUCAUAUAGUGGUGAAUGAGCCACUGGGCAAGACAUCGGAAUCCACCGCGAAGGAGAAAAAACAGACUGAACCAGAUCCAACUAAAAUGACACCUGGUGUAGAAAAACAACCAGAGGCCUAUUCACACAGUCCACUUGACUCUGACCCCACUACAAUUGCCGAGGCAGCCAAUGAGACACCAGCACUCACUACCCCCAAGGAGCCUGCACCCACAUUGAGACCACGAGCAGGGAGAGAAAAGAAGCACCGGUCUUUCUCCAUCCACACUGGUGAGUCUGCUUAG